GGGAUCUACGUGCGCAUCUGCCGUGACGAGCACCGCAUCAAAUGGCAGUAUCGAAGCUACAACUACGCACUGUACAUCUUCCUUGUCGCCCAGCUGAUCGUCUCAUCCAUUCUCGUCAUUCUCGGAGCUCUGUCUCACGACUUCCAUAUCGCUACGGCUAUCCUGGGCGCCAUCAACGGUACCGUCGCAGGUAUCCUGGGCCUGCUGAAAGGACAAGACCUCCCCACGAAACUUAUCAAGUACGAAUAUGCCCUGCAAAGCGUGCGCAGGGAAAUUGAAUGGAUGGAACGAGAAGUCAUUACGGGAAAGGUGGUGACAUUUGAGGAUGUGGACAAGCUGGAAAAGAGAUAUGAGCGGGUGCGUGGGGAUGCUCAGAGGGGACUCACGGAUCCUUUUGUCAAAGACAAGGUCGAAGUAGGGCCAGGGAUA